AUGGCGAAGCACCCGUCCUCCCCCUCCGCUUCCUCGCCGGCGCGGAAGAGCCCGCAGCCUACGCCGGCGGGGGAUGCGACAGACAUCUCUGCCGCCCCCGCCGCCGCCACCACCACCACUGCCGCGUCCGGCCCUAACGCCUCCUCCUCCUCCUCGUCGCCGCCGGCGGGGUUCGUCUUCAUGUGCAGCGGCGCGACGAAGCCCCAGUGCUUCAGCUACAGGGUUCUGGGCCUGCCACGGGGGAGGCUGGACGACGUCUCCCGGAUCAGGCGAGGCGCGGCACUCUUCCUCUACGACUUCGACUCCAAGUACCUCUACGGACCCUACCGCGCCGACUCCGACGGCGGCCUCGACCUCGAACCCGCCGCAUUCCAAGGACGCUACCCAGCCCAGGUCAAAUUUACAAUUGAUGGUGAUUUCAUGCCAAUCCCAGAGAGUAGUGUAAGAAGUGCUAUAAAGGAGAAUUAUUCCCGUGGGAAAUUCUGGCCAGAACUUACCGUUAUGCAAGUUGAGAAACUGAGAGGAUUGUUCCGGCCAAUUACUGUACUGCCAGAGUCUGCUCCAUCUGCUGAUGACAGGCAUUAUGUUGAUAACAGGCAUCCUGCUCUAUCUGCUGCAUACGUGCCUGCUUCAGGUUUUCACCCAACACAGCCAGCUAUCAACAGGCAUCCUGAUCGCUCUACUGCUUAUUUGCCUCCUUCAGGUUCUCACCCAACACAGCCAGCUGUCAACAGGCAUCCUGAUCUUUGUACUGCUUACUUGCCUCCUUCAGCUUCUCACCCAACACAGCCAGCUGCUUAUGUGCAUUACCCAAGUCCUUAUGUUCCUGCACAGGCUGCUCAUCUGGUGCCACACGAGCCUUAUGCACAUCCAUAUUCUCACCUACCUCCUCUUAGCGCUCAAUUCACUGCGCCUGCUUACUAUGCGACCCCAGCUGGGCAUCCGUAUCAAGCAGGAUAUGAAUCAUAUGAUCCAUCGGCGUCUGCCUACCACUAUGCCCAAGCAACCCCUUCCUGUUAUCCCCAUGUGCAAACCCAACACCUUGUGCCACAACAUGUCCCACGCCCUGUCUAUUCUACUGAUCCCUAUUUUACUGCUAAUCGGGAUGAUCCAUAUCGAUUUGAUGCUGUGAAAUCUCAUUACCAGGAAACAACUUCUGAGAGAUCUGCCUAUGGUGCAGCACAUGAGAACUUGCAACUUGUUAGGCAGUAUGGGUAUACCCCAAGCAGCCAGACUGCAGCACCUGAAGCAGCUACCACGAACUUAGGGCUUGUUAGGAGUUAUGGAUCUGAUCCAAGCAGUGCAACCGGAGUGCAGUCCAAUGUUGAUGGAGCUGCACCGACGAUCUAUUCAUAUGCAGGCACCCCAGCAAUCACCCAGGCCGAGAAUGUUGCCGCGCCAUCAGUAUACAUUGCCGCGUCUGCACCAGCUUACCUGUGAUUGCUCUGUGUCCAUCUUGUGUUUCUUUGCUUGCAUGAUCUUGCUGAACCGAGAUAGCUUCGCUUUGUCCGUUUGAGUGUUGCCAUUGUGCCCAAGGGACUGGGAGUUCGGAUCAUUGAAGAUGGCAUCACCAUCGUUACCGCUGAUAUAUUUGGUAUAUACUGUAUAAAGGGAUUCAGUCGCUGCCCUUUAUUACGUUAGACUGGUGGUACUAACUGGUAGCUGUUGGUGUCAAGACUCAAGACUCUGGUGGUAUAAGCUUAUGUACUGUUAACUAUUCUUAUGCUGUGAGCAAAAAUGGGCAUUGCAAGACACGUGGAGUCGUGAUCUAACAAGUCUCCCUAUCUCUA